AUGGAAGUGAUGAAUAAAUCAACAGUGACUGAAUUCAUCCUACUGGGAAUUCCUUUUUUCCAGGACCUACACAGACUCUUCUUUGUAGUGGGUUUAUUGAUGUACAUUGUAGCCAUCAUAGGAAAUGGCUUCAUUCUACUAAUUGUAGCUAUUGAGCCAAAGCUGCAGACCCCAAUGUACAUCUUCCUGGGCAACCUUGCUUUUCUGGAGAUCUGCUACACUACUACUGUGGUACCUAAGAUGCUACAGACACUUCUGGAAACACAGACAACUAUUUGUUUCAUUUGCUGCAUGGCCCAAGGUUUUUUCCACUUCAUCUUUGGCAGUACAGAGCUUUUCAUCCUCACGGCAAUGGCCUUCGACAGGUAUUUGGCUAUAUGCAAGCCACUCCAAUAUCCUAUGAUCAUGACCAAGCAUGUCUGUGUUCAGAUGUCUAUGGCCACAUGGUAUGCGGCAUUCAUCAUUAUGCUUUUUCAUUCUCUCUUUGUGUGGAGGUUACCUUUCUGUGGCUCCAAUGUUGUUGACCAUUUCUACUGUGAUAUUGGUCCCGUCUUAAGCCUAGCCUGCACUGAUACCCACCUCAUUGAGUCUCUGGGAUUUCUUAGCUCUAUCCUGAUAGUUAUCAUGACCUUGAUUCUCACCAUCGUGUCCUACUGCUUUAUUAUCUUUACCAUCCUGCGCAUCCCCUCAGCUGUGGGACGCAAGAGGGCGUUCUCCACCUGCACAUCUCAUCUGAUUGUGGUGUCUAUAUUGUAUGGUGCCCUCGUCUUCAUGUAUGUGAGACCAAACGUCCAUUCCUCAUCUCGGAUUACUAGGCUAGUAGCGGUUUUGAACACCACCCUUACACCAAUGGUGAACCCUUUCAUAUACACAAUCAGGAACACAGAAGUGAAGGGGGCGGUUAAGAGUGCGAUCAAUAAGAAGAGAGGGAACCUGAAGGAAAAUUUCUAA